CAGGAAUACAGGUGGAGGAGACCUGUUUCCAGAAUUCGGACUGUUUUCACAUUUUUAAACAUCAGAUAUGGCUUUUAAGCUGAGCAUCCCUUUGAGAAGGGAAAUUUGGGAAUGCAUACCAGAUUCAGACCCAGGAAUCCACCUUACUGUGUGGCCUUGAUGGUCAGAGAAAUGGAAACACUGGCGCAUCUGUAACCAUUACAGCGUCUACAGGAGUCCCUUGAGCUCCUUGCUUACCGCUGCUAUAGCUCCCACUUCUCCGGCUGUGUCCUUGUUUCCAGGGCGCAUCCUUCUCUGAACUACAUUACCCAGAAGAGACAGCGCAGAAGCGCUCAGCCAAUGAAAGCGGCCGCUUCCGCGGGCUUUAACAAAAAGAAAAAAGGAAAGACAAGACAAAAAAGCAUUGGGACUUAGCGGUUGUGGGCAGGUGACUGUUUUCCUGGAUGCUCGCACCAAGCCUUCGGAAGACUGGGUUUUUACACCUCGUUGUCCAGGACUGGAAGGCUGGAGAGGAGGGAGGCUUUGUGCUCUAGCGCACAAACGGGUUUGAAGUCUACAACGAUCCCGUGUGACAGGUUGCUGGCCCGGGGAGACAGCCAUGGACCCAGCUGUCCAGCAGAGUCCGACUGCCGAGGCUGAACCGGGAGCCCAGGCACAGGUUCCUGUGAGUGCAAAGACAUCGACUAACUUUAGAGAGGGUUGUGUGGCCUUUAAUGAUGUGGCCAUCUACUUCUUGAGGGAAGAAUGGACACUGCUUGAUGGCUCUCAGAAGCGUCUGUACCACCAUGUGAUGAUGGAGGUCUUUGUUCUCAUGUCCUCAUUGGGACUUAUACCUUCAGGAACCCACGACAUCGCUCAACUGGCGUCUUCAGGAGAUCGCUUCAUCCCUGCACUGAGAUUCCUGACUCCAAGAGUGGAGGUGGAAAAGAUACUUUGUAAGCCGAAGACUCCCAGUGAAGGAGGGCUUAAUGUGACCACGUUCCAACAGCCAGAGCUGAGCUGUGCUGAGAAUUCCUUACGGAGAGAAGAGAGCAGGAUUCCAGUCGUGAAGAUCAAGAAAAUUGACCUUUCAGAGAAGAGUUUACAAAGCACAGACAAUGUGGGGGACCUCCAGACUCCCUCUGGGCCUCCUGGGCAUCCUGCGACUCAUAGUAAUACAGAGCCGCCCGGGAGCCCCGAGAGAAAAAAGGCCAUUCUCAGUAAGAGGAACUUCAAAUGCUGUGACUGCGGCAAAUCCUUCAGCUGCAGGUCUCUGCUUAUUCGGCACCGGAGGAUACACACUGGAGACAAGCCUUUCAAGUGCAGCGAGUGUGAGAAAUCCUUCAUCCAGAAGGCUGAUCUGAACCAACAUGUCAAAGUUCACACUGGAGAGAAGCCCUUCAGGUGCGGCGAAUGCGGGAAAGACUUCAAACAUAACCGCUCCCUCGUUGGGCAUCAAAGACUUCACACCGGAGAAAGACCUUACAAAUGCGGCCAGUGUGGGGAGUCGUACAUGAACAAGUCCAGCCUCAUACGGCACAACCGACUUCAUACCGGAGAGAAGCCUUACAAGUGCAGCGAGUGCGGGAAAUUGUUUAAGGAAAGAUCCAGCCUUGUCUACCACGCCCGGGUGCACACUGGAGAAAGGCCUUUUAAGUGCAGCCAGUGUGGGAAGUGUUUCAAAAAGAACUCCCACCUCGUGAAACACCGGAAAGUUCACAGCAGAGGAAAACCUUUUAAGUGCGGCGUGUGUGGGAGAUGCUUCGCGGUGAGGUGCAGCCUCAUUAAACACCAGAGAUUUCACACUGCGGCAAAGCACCAUGAGUGCAAGGAAUGUGGCAAAGUGUUUUGCUACAGGACUGGACUUUCUAGACACCGAAAGACUCAUGCGGAGUAGGAGUGCUGAGUGGCGCGAACAUGGGAAACCGUUUCCGUCAUCUCCUGUAUGCACACGAGAGAAUGUUCGCUGGACAAACGUCUAGAGCGUUGCAAACGGGAGGAGCCUUGACCCACACCUCCAUCCUCUUUAACUGGAGAGGACACAGCUCUGGGAUGCAUCAUGAACCCACGGACUCUGGGAAAGCCUCUGAGCAAAUGUCUGCUCUUAUGGGUAAUAUACACGACACCCAGAUAGGUCUGAGAACGCAGACAAAACUCUUCAGCAGUGGGUCAACCUUGUUCAGCCUUAAGAGUGAACCAGAUUCUGAAGAGAAGUCCUGAGAGUGGCCUUUGUGAGGGCGCCAUUCAAUGAAAGUUACUCAAAUAAGAACAUUGGGACAAGAUGAGAAUUGUUGUCAUUCUCCUAUUCCCAAGAAAUUGAUGCUUUCUAGGAAACUUAGCAAAAGCCCUGUGAUGUUGUUAUUGUAGUUGCUGUUGUACGUGGGUUUUUGUUGUUGAUUUGGUUUGGGUUGGGGAGGUUGAGGGGGGUUGUUUGGUAGCCCUGACUUGUCCUGGAAUUCAUUCUGUAAAACAGGCUGGCUUCGAACACAGAGAUGAGCGUGCCUCCACCUCCCAAGUGCUGGGAUUAAAGGCACGUGCACCACCUUCAGUAGGCCAAGCCCUGUAUUCUUGACCACACUACACAGGCCAGUGUAUAGUGGAGUUUCCAUGUUACCGAGUUCGAAUGGAGGAGGAACACAGCAGUCUCUGUUUAAAUAAGACACGGUUUUUAUUGGCACUGUUGUUUGUGCUGUCCUCACUUAAAGGUUCAGUUCCUGGAAUAAAUGUUUGCUGUGUAGUCUUCA